CCUUGGGGGGUUGGUUGAAUAUCACAACUUGUUCCAGCCAUGUCGGAAAUCGAAAUCAUGACAGAGCUUAAAGUCACAGCGAAAAAGCCCGCAUCCUUUUAUGUCCGAGCAGCGGCCACAUUUCUACGCGGCACUCGAAGCAAGGAGGCCGUGAACGAGUUGAGGGUCUCCGCUUUGGGCGGUGCGUUGGAUGUGGCCGUGCAGGUGGCAACCCGCAUGGAGCGGGAUGGGAUCGGCAAGAUCACUGCCAUCCGGACCGACUACAUUGAGAUGUCGAAUGGCACCUGCCCACAACUUUCCUUCCACCUACUGCGGGUACCACCUGUGGCAACGCUGAGGGAGGUUGAGGUGAAGAAGGAGUUCUUGGACGAGUUUAUCAAAGUCAUGACGGCCGUAGCCACAGGUGCGCGUGAACAAGGAGGUUGCUUGCGCUACGACCUGCUCCGUGAGGAAGGAAAUGAAUGCAAAUUCAUGACCUAUGAGGUUUUCGCCUCCAGAACGGCUACAGCUCGUCAUGCUGAAGCACCAUACGCCAAAGCCUUCGACGACUUUGUCAGCUCCAAGAGUCCUCUGGUGUCCACAAAGGCAACCGAAAUGGACGUGGUCAAUUUCCAGAAAGCGAGCCCUGCCCCGGGCGGCAGCCCGCUCAUCGUGAUGCUGGAAGUACAUAUACAGGAGAGUUGCACCGAGGAGUACUUGGAAGUCAUGGGUGCGAACUGUGAGGGUUCCAGAAGUGAAGUGGGCUGCUUGCGUUUUGAUAUGAUGCGUGCUGUGGCCAAUGCUGACACUUUCGUUUCCUACGAGGUUUUUGAAUCACCCGCCGCCAUGGACGUGCACAAGGACAUGCCGUAUGUAAAGGCAUGGGGAGCAUUUCAGUAUGGUGACAAGAAACCAGUGAUCAGCAAACGCGUGGUGAAGUUCCAGGUAUUGGACCUUCAAGCUGCGGAACUUCUUAGCUGAAGCGGGAGGCAGUUGAUGGAGUGUGAAGUGAGGAUGCGGCAGGCAUGUUUCACGACACAUAUUCGAUAC